AUGUCGGGGUUGGAUCGUAGCAAGAUGCGGUACGAAAAGAUUGGAUCAGACACCGACACGAGCUCAACGGAGAGCCUGCUUUCAGAUCCGGAAGAGCACCACUACACGCGACCAACAGCCCGAUCAAGGGCAUGGACAACCUUCAACUCGGUGCUCUUUUGCGCCUCUGUAGGCUUCUUCACACUCGGCUGCAUCCAGCGCUAUCCAUCGAAUCUCGAAAUAAUGAAGCGCACAUCCUUCUACUCCCCUGUAUGGGACAGCAUCAAGCUCGGCUCUCACGACGCCGUCGUCAGCGGCAGCCUCUGGACGCACAACGCCAGCGACCCCUUUCGCGACUUUACGACACCCAACCCCGACGUCGAGGCUCACUGGCAGGCCCUCGAGGACAUUCGCGUCUUCCCCAUCACCUCGGCGCAGCUGCGCCGCCUCGGCAAGGACCCCGCCGUGUCGGUCAAGUUCCCGCCGUCGUACGGCCUCGGCGACGACGCCUACAUGGCGCAGGUCGACGUCUUUCACCAGAUCCACUGCCUCAACCUGCUGCGGCACCAGGCGUGGAAGGCCUACGACCACGAGGCCACCAUCCGCCGUCCGCCGUACCGGCCGCUGCACUGGAUCCACGUGUCGCACUGCACCGACAUACUGCUCAAGAACAUCAUGUGCGCGGGGAGCGUCGACGUCGUCACGUACCAGUGGCUCGAGUCGCAGCACCGCCCGUGGCCCGACUUUGACGUCAACCACAAGUGUCGCAAUUUUGACGACAUUGUGGCGUGGCAGGAGGAGCACGCGGUGCCGGUGACGUGGGGCCGCAACGUGACGCGGCCGAUGGGCUUUCAGGAGGUGCGCAUGCCGGAUCUUUUUUUCGAGCUCAAUAAUGUGACGAGGGAGUUUGUGGCGGCGGCGAGUAAAGAGGAUUUUGAGCAAGACCACAUGGGACAUGGCCCAUGA